GCGAGGCAGCCUUAGAGCGAGCUCAGGCGCGCAGCCGCACGCACACGAAGCCAGCAGCUCUCCUGGAGAGGGAGGGGAGAGAGAGAGAGGCGGGGAAGGGGGAUCUCCUCCUCUGUCUCGACCACUUUCAUUCUCGUUGGCAGAAGAGCUUGGUGGCCCUCCUGCCUGCCUGCUUGCCAUUCCUCCUCCUCUUCCUCCUUCCCCUCGAGCGGGGAAGCCCCUUCUUGCACCUUCCCGGCCCCUGCAGCCAGACCAUGAAUUCUGACUCCAGCUCUCUCUCCAGCAGAGCCUCCUCGCCAGACAUGGAGGAGAUGUACCUGCGGGACCACCACCACCACCACCAUCACCACCACCACUCGGUCUCGUCGACGCAGAGCGAGGUGGGCCAGCGCGGGCCGGGCGAGGGCCUCUCCCGGGCCGGCUCCAAGGGCUCGUCGAGCGAAAGCAGCAAGUACAAGAUCAAGAAGCAGCUGUCGGAGCAGGACCUGCAGCAGCUGCGGCUGAAGAUCAACGGGCGCGAGCGCAAGCGGAUGCACGACCUCAACCUGGCCAUGGACGGGCUCCGCGAGGUGAUGCCUUACGCGCACGGGCCGUCGGUGCGCAAGCUCUCCAAGAUCGCCACGCUGCUGCUGGCGCGCAACUACAUCCUGAUGCUCACCAGCUCCCUGGAGGAGAUGAAGCGGCUGGUGGGCGAGAUCUACGGCGGCCACCACUCGGCCUUCCACUGCGGGACGGUGGCGCACUCCGCCGGGCACCCGGCCCACCCGCCGGGCGCCGUGCACCCUGUGCACCCCAUCCUGGGCGGCGCCUUGUCCUCGGGGGGCAACCCGCCGCCGCUCUCGGCUUCCCUGCCGGCCAUCGGCGCCAUCCGGCCGCCGCACUCGCUGCUCAAGACCCCCCCGGCGCCGCCGGCCCUGCAGCUCGGAGGGGGCUUCCAGCACUGGGCCGGCUUGCCUUGUCCCUGCAGCAUCUGCCAGAUGCCUCCGCCGCCGCACCUCUCGGCUCUCACCACGACGGCCAGCCUGGCCCGGAUCUCCACAGAAGCCAAGGACCUGCUGAAGUGAACUCGCCGCCGCCUCUCAGAGGGGGCCUUGGCCACGUCUCUCGCCCGCCCGCGGGAGGGUCUAGCGAAGACCACCGCCCGCCCCCUCGGAAAAAAGACCUCUCGCUGCCCCGGAAGCCACGGGGGGGGGGGGCAAGCCGGAAGGACUCGAAAAGGUGAAGCAGCCCAGAGGUCCCGCGGUGUCGUCGCAUGCUUGAUUCUCCUCCUCCAACUCCUGUUUUCCCUUCUCUCUCGCUCUCUCUUUCUCUCUCUCUUCCUCCCUUCCUCCCUCCGUCCCGUCUGAUGCUGUCUCCAAACUUCAUUUGCUGUAACCAGGGGGACGUGUGUGUGUUUAGGGGCAAAGGACCUUGCAAGGUAACCUUUUUGGUUGGAUUCUGGGUGUUUUGUUUUUUCCUGUGAUUUCUUUUUCUUUUAAAAUCCCUGUCAAUUCAGGAAAUAGGGAGAGGGGAGGGAACGAGAAUGUAAAUAAGUGCUUGAAAACGGAUGGGGGCGGGAGAAGAGAUGGCUCUCUCUCUCUCUCUUUUCAUUGUACUUGUUCACAGCCGCAGAAGCGGUCGCUUGCUUGGUUGCAUUGCGGUUCGCAACGAUUUCGCCGUCUACGAAAGCGUGGAAGGGUCAUUCCUGGAGCUGAAGAGUGUGGGGGCUGAUUUGGAAGUUAGCUCGUUUUAAAAGCCAGUGGCCAGGAUCCUAGUGAAGUUUGCAAUCCUGUGCAAACUUCAUCAGGACUUCUGAGUCAAGCAGUGCAACUACAAGAGUUAGACAAAGUAAGAGGACUUACUUUGGAUUAAGUCCCGUUCAAACCAGCGGGGCUUCCUCCCGAGAAGAGAGGGGUGUCUCCUUUAUUUAAGGGUGGGGGUGCGCGUAGAAUCUGCAGUAACUGGAGCUGCUUAGCGGAGGCUGAAUGGGGUUUAUAUCCACUGACGCUUAUUUCCAAUGUCUUCUGGGCUAGGGGAGUUUAGACGACGAACGGUCGGAUCCACAAACCAAGGCCUUUUAUGCUGGGAACAUAAACCCUUUGAAAAUAAGAGUAACCCAGGGACACUAAUUGGCUAAACUCAGCAAACUGGCUUUUGAAUCGGACUGAACGUGGAUUUUCUUUUUUUAAGUUACGCUGGGGCAGAUACAGGAACCCUUUUAAUUUUCCGACGGGGCGUCCGUUCCUCUCAAGCGACUGCAUGCGUGCUUCGAGCCUACGUUGUUAUUAUUAGUAUCCAGACCAUGGUUGUUCGGACGGCACCAAGGCAGUUUUCCUUGUAACAAGGAUUUAGGAGUGCAGUCUCGACGUGCUAGCCCAGGAUGUUCUUCCCUCUAGACGAGACAGUUUGCUGCCUCCCCGUUUUGCCCUGGAGCCGUCCAGCCUCCCCGCACUAGGUUAGAGACAACCCUUCCACGCCGGAUCCGCCGCGUCCAAGACGGUGCGCGCUUCCCUGGCCUCCCAUCCUUCAGUCAGUCCCAUCCUGCAUGCGGGCUUGGCGUCCCCCUGACUCUCCCUCCGACCUUCCCCGCUCUCUCUCUCUCUCUCUCUUUCCCCGUUCCCCCUUUCUGGGCGCUUGCUUGACACUAUUUUGUGAAGGGCCUCACAGACGAUGACGUGUCUUUAUUUUUUAUAUAUUCUUGAGAACUAUCGAUAUAUUUAUUAUUAUGGACCAGUGUUUCUGGAUGAAAAUUUCAAAUUAAAAACGGUGAAAUGAUAA